AUGAAAUGCCUGAACAACCGGGCCGACAGCCACCUGACUGGGCAGGUGGAGUGUGAAUUGGACGCCAUGGGCAACGGGGCCUGGGUGAACCAGGGCUACUGUGCCUCCCCUCCACCCCUGCCCCGAGCUGUCAGCACCAUCUACAACCCACAGCCGCUCUUCCAGGGCUCCAUGGACAGCAUGUACAAACUGGACACCCCCAGCCCAUUACCAGAGGAACCAGAGUCUGCUGACCAAAGCCUGGUGAAGAAACGCAGAGGCUGCUGCUCUUUUAUCAAAGGCUUGUGGGGUACAACAUUGACUGAAAACACCUCAAACAACAGAGAACUGUUUGUCCGAACCACGCUACGGGAGUUACUGGUCUAUCUGGUGUUCCUGGUGGAUAUAUGUCUCUUGACAUACGGUAUGACCAGCUCAAGCACCUACUAUUACACUAAAGCCAUGACGGACCUGUUUGUGAAUACAGCCGGUGAAAAUGGGGUUAGGUUUCAGUCCAUCGGCACCAUGGCUGACUUCUGGAGUUAUGCCCAGGGACCAUUACUGAACGGCCUCUACUGGACUAAGUGGUACAAUAACCAGUCCCUGAACAGUGGAGACCAGUCCUUCAUCUACUAUGAGAACAUGCUGCUGGGAGUCCCCAGGAUGAGGCAGAUCAAGAUCAAGAACAACUCCUGCAAGGUCCACAAAGACUUCCAAGAUGAGAUCACAGGAUGUUUCGAUGUCUACAAUGAGAAGAAGGAAGAUGAUCUCAGCUUCGGUCUCAUCAAUGGCACUGCCUGGACCUACCACACAGAGAAAGACAUCAAGGGUUCCUCUCACUGGGGCUUGCUGACCACCUACAGUGGAGCAGGAUACUAUCAGGACCUGAGUCAAACCAAAGAGGAGAGCUCCAUCAAACUGACAGAACUGGUGGACAACCUUUGGCUCGACCGAGGAACCAGAGCAGUCUUCAUUGACUUCUCCACUUACAACGCAAACAUCAACAUGUUCUGUGUCAUCAGGUUGGUAGUUGAAUUCCCUGCAACUGGUGGAGCAAUCCCCUCCUACCAGAUACGAACAGUCAGAUUGAUUCGCUAUAUCACCUACUGGGAUUACUUCAUCCUCGGCUGCGAAAUGGUUUUCUGUUUAUUCAUCCUCUAUUAUGUUGUGGAGGAGAUUCUUGAGCUGCGAAUACACAAGUUCGCCUACUUUAAAAGCAUCUGGAAUAUACUGGAUAUUGUGGUCAUAAUGCUUGCCAUUGUUGCCAUCAUAUUCAACAUUUUCCGUACUGUCAAAGUGGACAACUUGCUUGGCAAACUGCUAGAACAACCUAGCAUCUAUGCUGAUUUUGAAUUUCUGGCAUUCUGGCAAACACAAUACAACAACAUGAAUGCAGUGAACUUGUUCUUUGCAUGGAUCAAGGUUUUCAAGUACAUCAGUUUUAAUAAGACUAUGACUCAGCUGUCCUCCACACUGGGUCGAUGUGCUAAAGAUAUCUUGGGAUUUGCCGUCAUGUUCUUCAUCGUGUUCUUUGCCUACGCUCAGCUCGGAUAUUUACUCUUUGGGACAGAGGUUGACUCCUUCAGCACCUUCGUCAAGUGCAUUUUCACACAGUUCAGGAUUAUUCUUGGAGACUUUGAUUAUGAUGCCAUCGACCGUGCAAACAGAGUUCUUGGGCCAAUCUAUUUUGUCACCUAUGUGUUCUUUGUUUUCUUUGUUCUACUGAACAUGUUUUUGGCCAUCAUAAAUGACACAUAUUCUGAGGUUAAGGAGGAGCUCUCAUCCCAAAAAGAUGAGCUGCAGAUUACUGACAUCAUCAAACAGAGUUACAUGAAGACAUUCAUGAAGUUGAAACUUAAAAAUGAGAAAAUAUCAGACGUUCAGAAGGCUCUACGGUCUGGAUCUGGAGAAAUUGAAUUCAAGGACUUCAGAGAAACUCUGAAGGAGAUGGGACAUGCUGAUCAUGAAAUUUCAGCAGCUUUCUCACGGUUUGAUCGUGAUGGGAACCAAAUUCUAGACGAAGACGAACAAGAGAGGAUGAAAACAGAGCUGGAAGAAAAGAGGGAUGCUCUUUGUGCCGAACUCAACAAUCUUGGAAUGAAUUAUGGGAAAGAUUUACUGGAGAAGCCUCCCGUGACCGUAAAUGACCAGAGGAACCACUCUAGUCAAACCUCUGUGGAUCGGGAACAGUUUCUAAGACUGACCAGGCAGGUUCUCCACCUUGAAAGCUCUGUGGCAGGCAUCACAUCCAGGAUUGAGUUGAUUAUGGAGAAACUGGGAUUACAAGACAAAACUAAAGGGAACAAAACAGCAGGGAAACUAUCUGUGACCAAAAAUGAUACUGAUGAAACUGCCUCAGAUGGGAGUGUCCUGCUGUGUGUGGACAGAGGAACAAAGGCUGAGAUGUCUUCACGGAGACCAACCGUUCGUACCAACUCCACAUUCGACUGUCAUAUGUGAUUAAACUCUGAGAAACAGAAUCACGAGUUAUGUGGAAGUCAGCUGACACGAGGAUAACUGGUACAUUCACCAAAUAAUACUUUGUGUUUAACGACAUUUCAGGAACGUCUGUUUGAUAAAAAGAUUCUUCAGGUUUUAAACUGUUAUGACGGUCAGAUCAACAACAAAAAACAUUGAUAGUUUGAUUUAAACAUGGCAAUAUUCAACACUUAAAACUCCUUUUAAAUUACAGUUACUCACAUUUCAUGGAAAUAUGUAGAUAGUGUAUAAAGAUGUUUUUGAGAUUGCUUGAUAGACAUCUGCACUAGAGCUAAGACAAUAAACUGGUUAAAGUUUAAGCACAGAUAUAUAUAUAAGACUACAAUGUACUAUGUUGUAGAGAAGACUUGAAUGUACAUCUACAUAUUAUUAGUGUUGUGUAAUAUAUUUGAACAGUAAGUUAGAACAUUAAAGUUGUGCAAUAUAAUUCAUUAUUAGACAGUACAUAUGCCACGUAACAUCUGACUAAGUCAAUGCUUGCUUUGCUUUAGUCGUUUAAUGUUUAUGAAUUGUUCAAGUUUAUUACACUUGCUCAAAAAUUAUCAACUUGUUUGCACAGUUUGGUGAAAUAAAUCCACAAAAUAAUUCUCAAAUAGAUUUUAUAUGCAAUAUAUAGUUCAAAAAUUAUUCAUCACCUCGGUCCACUUCCUAAGCUGCAAACAAUUAAUGUUGUAACAGCAAACUUGUGAUGAAUUAAGUGUCCGUAGCCACGGUGCAGGUGUGGUUUUAUAUUUCUCAACAUAACUGCAAACAAAAAGGAGGGGACGAAUUUUGAGCAAAUGUAUGGAAAGUACAUGCUGUCUAGUAUUUGCAUUUUACAUUCAGAUUGUACAAAAUUUAGAACCUCAGUUCCAUAACUGUUAAAAUGUAAUUUACUAUGUCUAGUAGAACAACUGAAAAGACAUAAUUUACAUUGAAUGUAUGUUUUUCUGUCAGA